UAUUUUGUAAUCAUUAUGGUUUAUUACCAGAAAAAUGUGGCAAUCAAAUCUUUGAAGAACACAGCUUUUGAUGGAGUGCUAAAAGGUGUCCUAGAGGAGGCUCUGACCAUGCAGAGACUUUCUCAUGAUAACAUUGUUAAAAUGUAUGGCAUUUCACUUCCUUUCAGAGAAGAACCACUAAAGCUGGUGACAGAGUUUGCCUCUUAUGGUUCCCUGGAAGAGAAGCUCCAAAAGAAAGACAAGGAUGUUUGCAGGGUGUCUGCGUUAAGUAAAUUUGCUCAUCAGGUUGCACAAGGCAUGGACUACUUGGCCAGACAGAAUUUAGUCCAUCGUGACUUAUCUGCAAGAAAUAUUCUUGUAUUUCAACCAGACCUGGUUAAGAUAAGUGACUUUGGUUUAGCCCGGACACUGGAAGGAGGAGCCACGACACAGAUCACCGUCCAUAGAAAACUAGCAGUUGCCUGGUUGCCUCCUGAGGCGAUAGUGAAUAAUGUGUUCACACUUGCGAGUGAUGUGUGGAGUUAUGGAAUAACACUGUGGGAGAUGUUCUCUUUUGGUCAACAACCCUGGGCUGAAUUGAACUUGAAUCAGAUCAAGCUGAUGAUUGCUAAUGAGCCAAGCAAUCACCUUCACAAACCAGAAGCAUGUCCAGAUGGUUUUUAUGACAUUAUGUUGGGCUGUUGGGAACGUGAUCGAGAGAAGAGGCCAAAAUUUACCUACAUAAGCAACAGAGUGUUGGAGUUGCAGCCAAGAGAAGGGAUAACAAAAGUUUGUCAUCGCACUGGUGAACAAGAUCACCUCAGCUAUGACAGUAGAACGAAGGUUACAGUUAUUUCAAAGAGAGAAAGUGGCCUGUUGCUUGUACAGAGUGAAAAUGGCACCAUAGGUUUAGUGCAUGAGAAGAAUCUAGACUUCUCUAAGAAAGCACUACAAAAACGUGCUGGCAGUGGCCGUAAUGCAGGAGACAUCGGCAGACCAUUUGACCUAAGGAAACAAAAUUCGAAAGAGCUCUUGCCAAAAUCACACAAAAAACCAGUGAGACAAACCGAGGGAAACGGCGUGGUUCACGAUUUGUUGGAUUUGAGAGAUGAUGCAAAGAGCGAUCCCACAAACCCCCUGAACCCUGGUCGUUACACAGGUAACCCAGCCAUGGAUCAUGAACAGAUACCACAAGUAGCCAGAGAGAACCAGGCCCUUCAACACGGACCGCAGGGCGCCACAGGAAACCACGUCAUCGCGCAAAACCCGCCGGAAUACACAAGUAUGGGAAAUGAUAGUCUUUAUAUCAGUAUGGACUACCAACAGCGUAAUCUUGCCGCGAAUGAGAGUGAGUAUGCCACUUUGAAGAAGGUGAAAGAACCACAGCAUUCAAUGCAGUGGCAAGAUUUGGUGAGGGCUCCCAGGACACAGUUCGAAUCAGACGCUGCAGGAAUGGCAUCCGACCCAGAUUAUGCUGUGCCGUAUCAACACAGAAAGGGAUACAAAGAUGAUACUUCCCUAGGGCGUGGACUACAGGAAACUCCAGGGGGUAAUACCCCAAGGGGGAAAUCCCCGCUGAAUAUUCCAGAUCGCCCCGACCUUCAGGAGCACAAGGGGAAAACCUCUGAUGCAGCUGGAAGCGUUCUAUCUGCUAGCGCGCCUUCCAGCAGUCCGUUUGCAACGACCCCGAGAAAGACUACAAAGAGACCAGUGCCCACACCUCGUCGAAACACCAAGUUGAACGCUCGCCCUGUUUCUGAUGGCAGUCUUGAUACAAAAGCGGUCAGUGGAACAGAACCACUCCCUGCGAAUGGAGACUUCCAUGCACGUAAUUCAGAAGCUGUUAAAGGCUCAGACACAGGAGAUGUGGUCGGUGCGUCAGCUGAUAAAAAAGUACCACCUCCAACUCAUUUGCUUCGCCAGCCCACUAACGCUCCUCUUAAACGACGAGAACUUGCCGAGAACUCGCCAGUACGCUCGGAGAUGCACCUUGAAGGGCAAAGUAGUGAUGAUAAGGAGCUUCAGAUAGAGCUUCAGGACCAGUCGUCGAAGGCAGAUACUGCGUCUGAACAACCAAUACAAAAGAAACAUUAUAUCAUAAUUGCACCACCCAUUCCUAAUGGUGAAGGGACGGCGCAGGCUACUGCUUCCCAGGACACUCACGGUCAGGACUUGUCGAGCGAGUCCCAAGCUCCUGCUGUUGACCAAGUCACUGGGGCGACAGGAAACAGCGAUUCAUCCCAACUAACAGAAGUUCACCAUUAUGUAAACGCUGAUGAAGUAAAAAGGUUAUCGGCUGAUCUCAUAGAUCUUUCACUCGACCCCGAGGAUGCUGCAGUCUCUGAGCCCAUCUACGACAAGCCAAUUCAACUUCCGGAGCCUCCAGACAUUCCGAACGAGAUCUUAAAC